AUGCUAUGCCAAUCCCGUACUAGCGUAACUGCAAGUGCAGUCGACCAUCAUACAGCGGACCUGCGACUAUCCCCAUACGCAAAGCGGUGGUUUACCCCCGGUCUGAAGUCCCAGCAAAGAGGGGUGAACCAGGCGCGACGCAAAUGGCAGAUGAGCUGCGCAAACCUAGGACGGGAGGACCCCAGCACUAUGGUGCUCUUCGAAGACAUGCGUGAGAAGCGACGUGCGUGGACGCGGACAAUUGAGAAGGCCAAGACAUUACACUGGAGACGCUUUCUGGACGAAGCAGGCGAAGGAAAGCUAUGUAAAGCAGCAACAUACCUAAAACCGCGAGAGUCUUGGAGUUGUAUCCCUGCCCUUAAAGUUGGUGGACGGGAGGUGACCGACAACCAAGAGAAGGCAAAGGCAUUUAUGGACUCGUUCUUCCCCAUUAUGGCGCCUGCUCAAGAGGAAACUCUCGUGCAGCCCUUAGCUGAACUUCCAUGGCAGUCGAUUUCAGAGAUUGAGGUCUACCGAUCUCUAAAAUCGGCCAAAAGCUCGACUGCACCAGGAGAAGACGGUCUCCCGAUGUUAAUAUGGAAACGCCUGUGGAGACAUCUCGGAAACCUCAUCACUCGGAUCUUCGCGACGUCGAUCGUGCUGGGAUAUCACCCUGUAACAGCGCUCGACAAUGGCGGACUUGCACAAGGCUCACCCCUAUCGCCUAUCCUCUUCGCAUUUUUCAACAGUGAUCUAGUCGACCAGCCCGUCGAUUUCCAUGACGGUGCGUCGGCCUAUAUAGACGAUUAUUUCCGCUGGCGAGUCGGCCGGACCGCCGAGGAAAAUCUAGCCAAAAUCCAAUCGGAAGAUAUACCGCGGAUUGAAGGGUGGGCCCGGGUGGUCUUCGAUCACGAACUCCGAUGGAAGGACCACGUACAGCAGGUGGUUAAGCGAGCCACCAAGGUCAACAUCGCGCUAGGAGGGCUACGACAACUCCAGCCCGAGCAGAUGCGACAGCUAUACGAGGCGUGUGUUGCACCAGUCCUUGAAUACGCGUCAACGGUCUGGCACGAUCCACUUCGAGAUAAGACGCAUCUACGACAGCUACGCACUGUUCAGCGAACUGCACUCAUCCGGGUCCUCUCCGCCUUUCGAACGGUAGCCUCAUCUACGCUCGACGUUGAAGCCUAUGUGCUGCCUACCCAUCUUUGUCUCCGCCACCGUGCGCAGGACACCAUCACCAGACUCCAUACCUUACCACGGAAACACCCCAUAUGGGACACCCUGCUUCGAACUCAGAGACGACGGAAUACCGUUCGUUCGCGCGCCCGGUUCCCGCUCGCGGAGGCCCUGAAGACAAUGAGCCUGGAAAGGCUCCAAGAGCUAGAACUGAUCGACCCAACUCCGCUGCCACCGUGGCGGACUGGGGCCUUCUCAGAGAUAGAGAUUAAACCGGACAGAGAGAUUGCAAUGGCACGAGCGGACGCUGCACGGUCUAACUCAGACAUCGUCGUUUACUCCGACGCAUCAGGACGCAAAGGUCACUUAGGCGCCGCGGCGGUAGUGCUCGACGACAGGCUGAAGAUAACCGAGAGGGUACAGAUACAAGUCGGACCUAUGGACCGAUGGUCGGUACAUGCGGCUGAACUGUUCGGUAUCCUGUAUGCUACCAACCUCAUCAACAAGAUCGCCCUCCAACGGCGGAGAUCAACUGGUACACGGGUUCAGCACUCCACCAUCCUCAGCGAUAGUAUGUCAGCACUACAAGCAAUCCGGAACCCCGGAAACAAAUCCGGGCAGCAGAUCAUAUACGCUAUUCUACAAGCAGGCAGGAACACCAAGUCUCACGGCAUCGCGAUCCGGCUUCAAUGGACGCCCGGUCAUUGCGACUCACUCGGGAAUGACACCGCAGACCAUCCAUUCCCCCCCUUGCUAUCACGCGAGCGGGCUCACAUCAGACAAGGAAUCUACGCCUAA